AUGAAGUCCCCUUUGCUGACUGAUUUGUACAUGGACAAGAUAAAACGGAAUCCCACAUGGCAUGUGGAUUCCUUUUUGGCAACUGUCGAAUCAGAGUGGAAUCACAGUUGUACAAAGAGGAAGGCUUACAGGGCUUUAGAUAGGGCUUUAAAGAUCAUUGAGGGAAAACAUGCAGAGCAGUAUACAAAGUUGUGGGACUUUGCUGAGGAAGUGAAGAAGACUAACCCUGGAAGCACAGUGAAGGUGAAGUUGGAUAGGGGGAGGUUUCAAAGGAUAUAUGUGUGCUUGGGGGCUUGUAAAGAGGGGUUUAAGUUAGGGUGCAUGCCAUUGAUAGGAUUAGAUGUGUGUCAUUUAAAGAGUGUAUAUGGAGAGUUAUUGGCCGUUGAUGUUAGGAUUGUCAAUCAAGGGGGAUGGACAUUUAUCAGUGAUCAGCAAAAUGGGUUAAUUCCGGCCUUUAAAAAAGUCCUUCCUAAUUCCCACCACAGAUUUUGUAUGAGACAUUUGUAUACCAACUUCAGAAAUCUGUUCAAAGGGAAAACAUUGAAGGAUGCUUUAUGGUCAGUAGCUAGAACAACAACAGUUCCCUACUUCAAAAAAGCAAUGGAGGAUAUGAAGAAGCUCGAUGAAAAGGCUUACGAUUGGUUGGUGAAGUUGCCUGCACAUCAUUGGAGCAAGUCCCAUUUUGAAACACAUCCCAAGUGUGACAUGUUGCUGAACAAUCUCUGUGAAAGUUUCAAUGCUGUCAUACUUAUACCCAGACAAAAACCUAUUGUCACCAUGUUGCUCCUUAUUCACACACUCUUGAUAAAAAGAAUUCAGAUGAGAAAGGAUAUAAUGGUGAACAAAGUUGGAGAUCUCUGUCCUAAAAUCAAGAAAAAGUUGGAGGAAGCCAAAAUUCAAAGUGGAGAUGCAUUGCACAAUGGAAUCCCAUGCAACCAUGCAAUAUCAGCCAUAAAUUUCAAGAGAGAAAAACCGGAGGACUAUGUUGAUGCUUAUUAUUCGAAGGCGCGGUACUUGGAGGUGUAUUCUCAUUUAGUAAUGUCGAUGAAUGAGAUGUCUUUGUGGGAGGAAACUGAUAAACCACCAAUAGUGCCUCCUACAUAUACAAGGCAACCUGGAAGGCCGAUGAAGAAGAGAAACAAUGAAGCUGCUGAGAGGGACAAUGAGGGUGACAAACUCCCACAAACCCAACCAAUAAUCCUUAAGGCCCUCCUCAGCCACUUAAGCUAG